AUGACGCCGCGGUACUCAAUGAGAGACACGGCAGCGCGCAAAGUGUACAACUCGCCGGAGGCAAUCCAAGCUCGAGAGGAGGACAACAAGUUGCGUACUCAACGCAAGCGAGUGUAUCGCCUCAAGAACGGUCUUAUCUCGCUACUCCAUACGCCGGACCAUCUUGUGCAAGCAUCUGUCCACAACUCUACCACCAACUUGCUCACUCUGCCACCUGAGCUCUGUACAAAGAUAUGGGAGUAUGCACUCGGUGGCAUGCGCGUGACAGGCUCUCACAUCAGCCGCUACACAAUCACAGGGGGCACCAACACUAAAAUCCGACACGCACUCAGCCUCCUCAAUGUCUGCCGACAAGUCUACAGCGAGGCCGCCACGAUUCCCUACAAGGAGAACAACUUCUAUUUCUGUUGUCGGCAUGAAUUUGGGAAGUGGCACGCGAGCCGCAAACCGGCACACCUGCAGGCUAUCCGCACAAUUCACUUAGAUCCGUACGACAUGGAUCGGAUCUCUUCAAGCCGGGACUGGAAGCCCAACCACUAUUCCAUUAUAGUUCUCAAUCAUACGCCCCAAGGAGCGGAGAAGGAGGUUGUUCGCGAGUUGGAGAGGCGCGGACUGACGUUCACUCUGGAGUCAGUGCUCCGUCUUGAUAUAUGA